GUUGAAGAAUGGUUAAAUCGCAUUCAAAGUUCCAUGAGAGAAACAAUUAGAAUUUCCAUUGGCGAAGGAGUUUUGUCUUACGAAGAGAAACCUAGAGACCAGUGGCUAUUCGAUUUUCCCGCACAGGUUUCUCUAUGUGGGACGCAAAUCUGGUGGACCACAGAAGUGAAUAUAGCCUUCUCUAGACUUGAGGAAGGUUACGACAAUGCCAUUAGAGAUUAUUACAAGAAACAAGUGGCGCAACUUAGUACAUUAAUUUCUUUAUUACUAGGCGACCUAUCAAAACAAGAUAGGCAAAAAAUUAUGACAAUAUGCACGAUUGAUGUUCAUUCCAGAGACGUCGUUGGUAAACUGAUUCAAACGAAAGUGGAUAGUGCUUUGGCUUUCCAGUGGGUUUCUCAACUGAGACAUAGAUGGGACGAAAAAGAGAAACAAUGCUUUGCCAACAUAUGCGAUGCACAAUUUAGAUACAGUUACGAGUAUUUGGGAAAUACACCGAGGCUAGUUAUUACUCCUCUGACAGAUAGAUGCUACAUUACGUUAACACAAUCCUUGCACUUAAUUAUGGGUGGUGGUCCCGCAGGACCUGCAGGAACAGGUAAAACUGAAACAACGAAAGAUUUGGGCAGAGCUCUCGGAAUUAUGGUCUAUGUUUUUAAUUGUUCAGAACAGAUGGAUUACAAAUCCUGUGGUAAUAUUUACAAAGGACUGGCACAGACUGGAGCUUGGGGAUGUUUUGAUGAAUUCAACAGGAUAUCAGUGGAGGUUCUCUCUGUCGUGGCUGUUCAAGUAAAAUCUGUUUUAGAUGCUAUAAAAAAUAAAAAAACCACUUUUGACUUCAUGGGUGAUAUGAUAUCUUUGGUGCCAACCGUAGGCAUAUUUAUAACGAUGAAUCCAGGUUAUGCGGGAAGGACAGAGUUGCCAGAAAAUCUAAAGGCCUUAUUCAGACCAUGUGCUAUGGUAGUUCCUGACUUUGAGCUUAUUUGUGAGAUAAUGUUAGUUGCUGAAGGAUUCCAAGAAGCAAAAAUCUUAGCUAGAAAAUUUAUUACUCUAUACACACUUUGUAAAGAAUUGUUGUCUAAACAAGAUCACUAUGACUGGGGACUGCGAGCUAUCAAGUCAGUAUUAGUGGUAGCAGGAUCAUUGAAGCGAGGGGAUCCUGGUAGACCAGAAGAGGAGGUUCUUAUGCGAGCUUUGAGAGACUUUAACGUUCCUAAGAUUGUUACAGAUGACAUGCCAGUAUUUAUGGGUCUAAUUGGAGAUUUGUUUCCUGCUUUAGAGGUCCCCCGGAAGAGAGAUGCCGAUUUUGAGAGAACCGUUAAGCAAGCUGCUAUUGACUUAAAAUUACAACCUGAGGAUAAUUUUAUUUUAAAGGUCGUUCAACUCGAAGAGUUAUUGGAAGUAAGACAUUCAGUUUUCAUAGUCGGGAAUGCUGGAACUGGCAAGACUGAAGUGUGGAAGACGCUGUUCAGAACCUACAUUAAUAUAAAAAGGAAACCGAUAUUUAACGAUAUAAACCCUAAAGCCGUUACAAAUGACGAACUCUUUGGAAUCAUAAAUCCAGCCACCAGGGAAUGGAAGGAUGGAUUAUUGUCAGUUCUAAUGAGGGAUCAAGCAAAUUUGUCAGGUGACAACCCCAAAUGGAUCGUAUUAGAUGGAGACAUCGAUCCUAUGUGGAUUGAAUCUUUAAACACCGUAAUGGACGAUAACAAAGUUUUAACUUUAGCGAGUAAUGAAAGAAUUGCAUUGACCCCUGCAAUGCGCCUUCUCUUUGAAAUAUCUAAUUUGAAAACGGCUACUCCUGCAACAGUGUCGAGAGCUGGGAUACUCUACAUUAACCCACAAGACCUCGGCUGGAAUCCGUAUGUAACUAGUUGGAUUGAGACAAGACAAAUUCCAGCUGAAAAAUCCAAUCUUAUUAUGCUUUUUGAUAAGUAUAUCCCCAACUGUUUAGAAAAUGUCCGAACUAGAUUUAAAAAAAUAACUCCAAUAACUGAAACUGCCCACUUGGGCAUGUUAUGCCAUUUACUUGACUGUCUUUUAACACCAAGCAACACGCCAGCAGAUUGUCCGAAGGAAUGGCACGAGCUAUAUUUUGUAUUUUGUUGUGUUUGGGCAUUUGGAUCAGCUAUGUUUCAGGAACAAACGACAGAUUAUCGAGUUGAAUUUACAAAAUGGUGGGUUAAUGAAUUUAAAACAGUAAAGUUCCCUACUGGUGGCACUGUAUUUGAUUACUUUAUAGACAGUGAAACAAAACAAUUUGUUUCUUGGACAGAGAGUUUAGGUCGCUUUGAAUUAGAUCCAGAUGUACCUCUUCAGGCUGUUCUGGUACAUACGGCAGAAUCAAUUAGAAUUCGAUAUUUCUUAGACCUGUUAAUAAAAAAGCGUGCCCCGAUAAUGCUAGUUGGUACAGCGGGGUGUGGCAAAACAGUCCUAAUUAAUGAAAAACUGGCAUCUCUUUCUGAGAACUACGCCAUUUGUAACAUUCCCUUUAAUUUUUACACGACAUCUGAAAUGUUGCAAAAAAUUUUGGAGAAAUCGUUGGAGAAGAAGGCUGGUAGAAACUAUGGUCCUCCUGGAAAUAAAACCCUAAUCUACUUUAUCGACGAUAUGAAUAUGCCUGAAGUAGAUGGUUAUGGAACAGUUCAACCGCACACUUUAAUUAGACAACAUUUAGAUUACAGUCAUUGGUACGACCGAGGCAAGCUUACUUUGAAAGACGUCCAUAACUGUCAGUAUGUCUCCUGUAUGAAUCCUACGGCUGGAAGCUUUACGAUAAAUCCUCGACUUCAAAGGCAUUUUUGCGUAUUUGCAAUAAGUUUUCCUGGAAUAGAUUCUCUAAUGACAAUUUACCACUCGAUUUUAACCCAGCACCUGAACAAUAGUGAAUAUAAGUUUCCCUCAGUGGUUACCAAACUGAGUGUGAACAUUGUUAACGCUUCAAUAGCGUUACAUCACAAAGUAAUGCAAAUAUUUUUACCCACUGCUGUAAAGUUUCAUUAUAUUUUCAAUUUACGAGAUAUAUCCAACGUAUUCCAGGGUUUACUAUUUAGUUCAAACGAUUGUCUCAACCAACCAUCUGAUUUAAUUCGCCUUUGGUUACACGAAUGCCAACGAGUUUAUGGUGAUAAACUGAUUGAAGAAAAGGAUAUUGAUGCCUUCACCAAAUUGCAGUCUGAUGUAUUCAAAAAGAAUUUUGAGGAAACAGAUGAAUUAAUAAUAUUUGAAAAGCCGAACAUAUACUGCCACUUUGCAGGUGGUAUAGGAGAACCUAAAUACAUGCCUGUUAAAAGGUGGUCAACUUUGAACAGGCUGCUCAAUGAAGCAAUGUCGAGUUACAACGACUUGGUGGCUGCAAUGAAUUUGGUUCUUUUUGAAGAUGCUAUGAUGCAUAUUUGCAGGAUUAAUAGAAUCCUUGAAUCACCUCGUGGCAGUGCCCUCUUGGUAGGUGUUGGCGGCAGCGGCAAACAAUCUUUGGCUAGAUUAGCUGCUUUCAUAUCAUCCCUGGAAGUAGCACAAAUCCAAUUAAAAAAAGGUUACGGAGUAGCUGAUCUUAGGCACGAGUUGGCGUCACUUUAUUUGAAGAGUGGAAUGAAAAACGUGGGCAUUAUGUUUCUUAUGACAGACGCACAAGUUCCUAAUGAAUAUUUUCUGGUGCCAAUGAACGAUAUGCUAGCAUCUGGAGAAAUUCCAGAUAUGUUUCCAGAUGAUGAGAUAGAGAAUAUAAUCGCUGGUGUCAGGAACGAAGUAAAGGGUGCAGGCAUAUUGGACACUAGAGAGAAUUGUUGGAAAUUCUUCAUAGAUCGGGUUCGGAGGCAGUUCAAGUUGGUACUGUGUUUUUCUCCUGUUGGAUCAACGCUGAGGGUGAGAUCUAGGAAAUUUCCUGCUAUAAUUAACAAUACGCAAACAAACUGGUUUCAUGAAUGGCCUCAAGAUGCCCUUGUUUCUGUGGCGGCAAGAUUUCUUCAAGAACUUGACGUUUUACCGGAAGAAUUACGAGACUCUUCUGCCAGAUUUAUGGCAUUUGCCCACACAUCCGUCAAUACAAUAUCAAAGAUGUAUCUCCAAAACGAAAGGAGGUAUAACUACACUACUCCAAAAUCGUAUUUGGAGCAAAUAAACUUAUACUCCAAACUGCUUUGUCAAAAAUCCGAAGAACUUGAUUCUAAAGUUAAACGAUUGGAGAACGGUUUAGAAAAGUUAGAAAGCACAUCGAAACAAGUGGAUGAACUAAAAAAGAAGUUAGCCAUCCAAGAGAUUGAGCUUAAAGAGAAAAACGAUGCAGCAGAUCAUUUGAUACAAAUCGUAGGUAUAGAAACGGAAAAGGUUUCCAUAGAAAAAAACUUAGCAGAUGAAGAAGAGGCUAGAGUUGCCAUGAUUGCAGACGAAGUGAGUAAGAAACAAAAGGAUUGUGAAGAGGAUCUGAUGAAAGCGGAACCCGCCCUGUUAGCUGCCCAGGAAGCACUUAAUACGUUAAACAAAGCAAAUUUAACGGAAUUAAAGUCUUUCGGAUCCCCACCAGGGGCAGUCACUAACGUAACAGCGGCUGUCAUGGUCCUUUUGGCCCCAGGGGGGAAAAUUCCGAAGGACAGAAGCUGGAAAGCAGCAAAAAUCGUCAUGGCUAAAGUCGACACAUUUUUGGAUUCAUUGAUCAAUUAUGAUAAAGAAAACAUUCACCCAGAGGUAAUCAAGGCUAUAGAACCGUAUUUAAAAGAUGCUGAGUUCGAACCUGAAUUUGUCAGAUCCAAAUCGGCUGCAGCGGCAGGUCUUUGCGCUUGGGUCAUUAACAUUAUAAAGUUUUACGAAGUAUUCUGUGAUGUAGAACCUAAGAGAAAAGCAUUGGCCGCAGCUAAUGCUGAACUGGCAGCUGCACAAGAAAAACUAAAUUCCAUUAAAAAGAAAGUUGCGUCAUUAGAAGAGCAACUAGCAAAGUUAACGGCAGAUUUCGAAAAAGCAACAAGUGAAAAGUUACUAUGUCAACAGGAAGCAGAUGCUACCAGUGCUAUUAUCCAAUUAGCAAAUCGUCUUGUGGGUGGACUUGCAAGUGAAAAUAUUCGUUGGGCUAAAGCUGUGGAAAAUUUUAAAGAAAAUGGUAAAAUGAUGCCUGGCGACGUUCUCUUAACGACAGCUUUUAUUUCUUACGUAGGAUGCUUUACAAAGCAAUAUCGUUUGGAUCUGCUCCACAAGAUGUGGUUGCCGUUUUUCAAAACGUUAGAGCCUGCGGUACCAAUUACGGAGGAUUUGGAUCCAUUAGCGUUGUUAACAGAUGAUACUAUUAUUGCAAAAUGGCAUAAUGAAGGACUGCCUAGUGACCGCAUGUCAACAGAAAACGCAACAAUAUUAUCGAAUUCUGAUCGAUGGCCAUUAAUGAUAGAUCCACAAUUACAAGGCGUAAAAUGGAUUAAAGAACGAUAUGGCGAAACACUAACAGUGAUACGUUUGGGCCAAAAAAGUUAUCUGGAUGUUCUAGAAAAAUGUAUCACAAACGGGUCUAUUGUUCUAAUCGAAAAUAUUGAAGAGAGCGUUGAUCCAGUACUGGAUACUUUACUUGGAAGAUACUUAAUAAAGAAAGGAAAGGCUAUAAAAAUUGGAGACAAAGAAAUUGAAUAUAAUCUAACAUUUAGACUGUUGCUUCAUACUAAAUUAGCUAAUCCGCACUAUAAACCCGAAAUGCAAGCGCAAGCAACUUUGAUUAACUUUACAGUUACUAGAGAUGGAUUAGAAGAUCAGUUGUUGGCUGAGGUUGUUAAAGCAGAGCGCCCUGAUCUUGAAGAAUUGAAGGCUGACUUGACAAAGCAACAAAAUGAUUUCAAAAUAAUCCUAAAAUCUCUCGAGGACGAUUUGUUGUCCCGUUUAUCAUCUGCUGGGGGUAACUUGUUAGGAGACACCACUCUUGUAGAAAAUUUGGAAACCACUAAGCGAACUGCUGCAGAGAUCCAAGUAAAAGUAGCGGAAGCCAAGAUCACAUCAGUACAAAUCGACGAGGCAAGAGAAUAUUACAGACCCGCUGCUGCCAGAGCUAGUUUGCUAUAUUUCAUUUUAAAUGAUUUGAAUAAAAUCAACCCUAUUUAUCAGUUUUCUUUAAAAGCAUUUAGCGUCGUUUUCCAAAAAGCAAUUGCGAAGGCAGAACCUGCCGAGACCGUUGCUGAACGAGUAAAUAAUUUAAUAUCGUGUAUAUCAUUCUGUGUUUUCCAAUACACAACCAGGGGAUUAUUUGAAUGUGACAAGUUAAUAUUUGCAUCACAAAUGACUUUUCAAAUCUUACUGAUGAAUGAAGAAAUUUUACCUUCGGAUUUAGACUUUCUUCUGAGAUUCCCCAUAAAACCUCAUGUCACUAGUCCUGUUGACUUCCUGUCUAAUUCAAGUUGGGGAGGAAUAUGUAGUCUCGCAACUAAGGAAGAAUUCAGAAAUUUAGACAGAGACAUAGAAAAUUCUACCAAGAGAUGGAAAAAACUCGUGGAAUGUGAAUGCCCCGAACGUGAAAAAUUCCCUCAAGAGUGGAAGAAUAAAACAGCACUACAAAGGCUGUGCAUGAUGAGGGCACUUAGGCCAGAUAGAAUGAUAUAUGCCAUGAUGGCCUUCAUUGAAGAAAAAUUAGGAGCAAAAUACGUUGAAAAUAAAAAUGUCGAGUUUGAAAAAUCCUUCCAAGAAGCUAGCCCAUCGACGCCUAUAUUUUUUAUUCUCUCUCCUGGUGUUAACCCACUAAAGGAUGUAGAAGAAUUAGGAGAAAAAUUAGGAUUUACUUUGGAAAAACAAAAUUUCCACAACGUGUCUUUAGGUGAGUAUAGUCUUAGUUGA